GCCUCUCAGUGGGUCUCUGUGUCAGGAUGGGUCACAUGCUCUACGUGAGAAUCCUCGGUGGCUGGAUCCGCGGGGCCCGGCGGGGGCCGGGGCGGGAUCUUGAGAAAAGGAUCGAGCGAACGCGAGCGGCGUGAACCGACGAAGAAUAGAGGACGCUUCCGCGGACGUCCGGGGCCCCAGGGAGCCCGAGAGGGGCCCGUGUCACGUGCGCGGGGUCCACGGUGUUGGGCACAGUGGCCCCAUACGUGGGAGAACCGGCCCACCCCCGUCCGGGAAUCUCCGAUGCUUCGCCGGAUGGUAUAUAUCGGCUCGAAUAUCUUGUCCUGACGCCAGUUCUCUCUAGUCGAGGAUCCUGAAGACCGCGAAAGUGUGAACGAUCCUGUCGUGGUGAACAAACAAACGUCCGCUCGACUCUCCUCCGAUCCAAGGAUUAUUAUACGUUGCCUCCGAAGACGGAAGAUGGAUCUCCUCAAGUGUGUGUUUCUCUUGUUCGCCGGCUGUGCGCUGGUCCACGCGACCUCCACCGUCAAGGACGAGGACAGCCUCGUCGACAGGGGGCUCAGGGCGAUGCACCGGGUCUACGAGGACUGCCAGCAGAGGAACAUCGGCAUCUCGCCUUGCCUCAAGAAGAAGGCGAUCUCGUUCUUCGAGAGACUAGGUAGAAUGCGCAGCCUGCCGCUGUCGGAGACCUUCGAGCUCGUCAGGACCUCCGACGAGCCCCCGAAGAGCACCGUGACGGACCUGGAGGCCAGUCUGGGCAGAAACGCGGCUAGCAAGGACGAGAUCCUGAACGAGAUCCUGCUGGAUCGGGUCGCUUCCUUGCUGAACAGCUUCAACGUGCAGAUACGUCUUCCGAAAACCACUCCUGGAGAGCUGAAGCGGGGCAUGGAAGAGGGCAGAGGCAAGAUGAAGAAGAUGAUGGGCAUGAUGAUGAUGGGCGUAGCUAUGAAGAUGGCUGCUCUCAUACCCAUUGCACUGGGAGUAUUGUUCUUGCUCGCCGGAAAAGCGCUCAUCAUCAGCAAGAUCGCGCUGGUUCUGUCGCUCAUCAUCGGGCUGAAGAAGCUGCUCAGCCAGAAGCAGAGUCACGACCACGGCGGCUGGCAGCAGAGCGGAGGAGGCUGGGACAGAAGUCUCAAGGCCGUCUCGGCGACCAUGCUGCCAUCCACCACCGAGGAGAUGCAGAAUUACGCGCAGAGUCUGGCCUACUCCGCGAGACAUCUUCAUUGAUGCGGGCGAGGACGUCCUCCGGUUCCGUUGGCAAGCGACGCUUCUAGCCGAUCAUCGAUCGCGAUCACGGAUCGAGAUAAUUGGACUGUUAAUCUGUAGUGACGACAUUCUGUUCGGGACCCGUACGGUCUCUCCGUUGUUGGAAAAGGUUUCGUGGAAAGAUUGAGAACGAUCGCUGGUAUUCUGGAGGGUGUUAGAACGCCCUGAAAUUGCACUUCACGGGCUGCUAUUAUCCACUUACAGGCUUCCACGUUCGAAUCGUUUCCGCGGACUCCGUUGUCUCGUCUUCAUGGCUAAUACAGAGAGAUUUCACGACGGAUUAUCUGGUGAACUUAUUACCGAACUUGUUACCGAAGCUGGUGCCCAGAGCGACAGGAAUCGUUGCAAUUAUUUUAAUCGGGGCUUCGUCGUCUUCUUCUGUGUCCGCUCGAGGGAUUCAACUGUCGCCAGAUGCACUUAAACUGUCGCUCGCAUUCGAACGAUUUUACGUGACACAACGACGACGAUGUCGUAAUUUUCUCGCACGCGAACUUCCAACGGUACCGCAACCACUUGCACGCCGCUUCGGGUUCGUGCUCCGAGGAAAUCGAAAUUUCUGCUCUUCGCUGAAAGAAGCUUCGAGUUACCGCUGUCAAUUUUCAUUUGUAAUCUCGACGAUUCCAACGGGUAAAUCGCAACGAUGGAAUUUCUGCUUUGCUCGCGAGAAUAUGGAUCGAAAUUUGAUGUCGGAAUAGCAAGUUUUUCAAUUAGAUUGAAAUUGUAUCGUAGGUAAAAAUUCAAAUUUCGACUCUAUUAAUUACACAAGCAUCGGAUAAUCGCUGAUUUUUGAUAAUUGCUAAUUAUUGAAUUUAUCUACAAGGAUCACUUGCUCACCUAAGUUCUAGUUUAACUCGAUCGAUAUGAAUAUCGCUGAAAUUUCCCGUUUGGACACCGACUGAUGAGCCUCGAGAAAUAUGCAGUUCGAUUGCAGUUCGUAGUUUGUACACCAGCGACGAAUAUAAUUAAGCUGACGUCGAUGUCAGCAAUUUUCACGCACGCGAGUUUCUAACGGAACCGGGACGAGCUGUAUUUUGCGUCGACGAUCGAAACGGCUGGCAAACGCCGUUCGUACAACACGCGGGAUCCGUGGAUUCUGGACCGAAAAAUCUGAGCGCGCAGCGAAAGGAGAUUGUACGGACAUUUUCCGGUCGUUUCGUGGACGCUGUCUCAAUAUAACAUAUGCCGUAGCUGUAAGCUCUGAAAUAUUCCUUAAGCUGUACUAUUUAUUACCACGAUCGCCAUGUAUUUAUUGUCACGAUUUUCAAGCGUGUCCUCGCGUUCGUUCGCCGUCGCCAGUGGCAGCGCGGCCGAUUUACGAAGACUGACCGAAUAAAGAGGCACAGAAUCGAACAGGAAGAUCAAAACGACUUUAAUGAUUCUCCAUUGCAUGUUACACACACAUUUAUAUAUAUAUGUAUCGCAAGUUAUCGUAGAACGAUCGGCUCGGGAUCUAUCGUCGAUCCAAAGAAUUGCCGAUCGAAAGAAUUGUCUCUGAUUUUCUUUAAUCACGGAUCGAGCCGUUUGGUCUGCGAGCUGUUACGGAAUAAAACGAUAAUGGUCAGCGAUAACUAACGCGUUGAGAUCCGAUGCCAUGACCUUGACCGUCCGGCCGCCCCCCGAGGAUCCGUCGAUGGUCGAUCGACCUUCAGUGGACCUUCAGUCCGAGAACCGCGGCGAACAGCGCGAAGAAGAAACCCGCGAGCAGAGCGGUGGCUUUCAAGAGGAUGAGACCGCCGACCAUGGUCGGGAUCAGCGCGACGAACUUCAUCUUGUAGGCGAUCAGCAGGGCCAUCAUCGUGCGAUCCAUCUUCUGCAUCUUUCGUCGCGGCCCACCUGGAAAAUCGGAACCACCGGUUAGCCCCUAAAAUCACCUGUACCGCGAUCUUAACCAGUUAACGCGUGUUAAUAAAUCUAUUUGCAAACGGUA